GCACAACAAUCCUUUUCUUUCUUCCUGAUUUUUUGCUCAAUUUCUGGUCGUUUCCUAUCACAAUCCAUAAUUUCUUCAGAUGGCAGACAUCCUCGUCCUUGGCGCGACAGGAUACUCGGGUCGGCUCACAGCGCGGUAUCUUUCCCAACAUCCCCAGCGUUCGUCGUUCACGCUGGCCGUCGCUGGCCGAUCACGCUCAAAGCUCGACGCGCUCGAGCUUGAUGCUGGCGUGCAGGUCUUUGUGGUUGACGUCACAGACGAGACUGCCGUGGAGGAGCUGGUGAAGCAAUUCAAGGUUAUUGCGAACACGGUGGGGCCGUACUGGCGUUGGGGAACACCAGUCGUGAAGGCAUGUGCGAAGCAUGGUGUGCAUUACGUUGACCUGACCGGUGAAACGGUCUGGAUAUACGAAAUCAUCCAUCUCUUCGACUAUCUUGCCUCGCAAACGCGUUCAAUCAUCAUACCCUCCUGCGGUUUUGAUUCCGUUCCGUCUGAUGCCGUAGUCUUUCUCGCGAACAAGACUCUCAAAGCUUUUUCAGGACCAGACUCUGAGAUCGAGAACAGCGUGUCAGCCGUAGAGAUGAAGGGAGGUGUUGCUGGCGGCACGCUCUCUACAAUUACGACAAUGAUGGAAGAGGUGCCCAAGAACAAACUUGCUCUGGCCAGGCGACAAUAUUCUCUGAGCCCAGUCUUGGGUCAACCUUCACCCCCGCCACGCUUCCAUUACACUCUCCCUUCAUCGUCUCCUGUCAAACAUGGUGGGCUCUUCCUCCUGGCAUCUGGCAACCGUGCCGUCGUCCAGCGAACUUGGGGUUUGCAACAAUAUCAACUGCUCUCGACGUCGAUGAGCUCUGUACGCAACAAAGCGCUCGUGUACGGCCCUCAGUUCAAGUACGAGGAAUUCUUGGUCAAGCCAAACGCAUUUGUGGCCGUCACUAGCAGUCUCACAAUCGCCAUCGGUAUGUUCUGCUUGGCUGUGUUCUCUCCGGUGCGAUGGUUAUUUAAACGCCUUGUCACUCAACCUGGACAAGGGCCGCCAGAUCAUACCCUCAAAGACGGCUCUUUCGAGUAUACAAACAUAACCACGUCUGUGCCUGCACCUGGAUCUGAACCUACUCGCGUGCGGACAAUUAUCCGUGGUAACGGCGAUCCAGGUCUACUUCUCACUGCUGCAAUGCUCGGCGAGUCUGCUCUUGCUCUUGCGCUGGACCAGUCGCGUCUUCCCCCGCUCGCACAUAAAGGCGGUGUUCUUACACCUAUGAGUGCGCUUGGCGAUGUGCUCAUCGACAGGUUGCGUGCCACUGGUGAUUUUGCGUUUGAUAGCGAAAUCGUAUUGGAGGAGACGCAAGACGGGAAGAAAUCCCGGUGAACCUUCAAUAAGCUUCGAUGUUUGUGUACAUAUAUGCCAGCUACGCUGACCAUAAUCGCGAGCUGCAGGUCAUAGAUCGUCGUGGAAUUAUAAGAACACUAUAAUUGU